AUGGAGAACACCCAACCCUAAGUCCUCGUCUCUGAUGUCUGAUCUGCUGCACAUGUCCGAGUCCUGAGCUCUCUCCUACGGAGAAUCCACGAAGAAGAGCUGAGCAGCAACAAAUCCACGCACGCCAUCGUUUCCGUAGCUGUGGUCUUCUAUAUAUGGAAUUGUCGUUUCUGUGUUUAUUUGGAAAUUAGGGUUUCAGGAUUUUAACCAUUUUAGCUAAGGGAGAUGAAAUAAGAUCAUUCUUGCAAUUAAUUGAAGGGGAAAUAUAAGGCAUUAAACAGAGAUUGAGCACGAGAUCAGCAAAUUUAGGUAUAUUUGGAGAGAUUUUUAUUUAAAACAAAAUUAGGGAUCAUGGGAAGAGGGAGAGUGGAGCUGAAGAGGAUAGAGAACAAGAUAAACAGACAGGUUACAUUUGCAAAGAGAAGAAAUGGUCUGCUCAAGAAAGCUUACGAGCUUUCUGUCCUCUGCGAUGCCGAGGUUGCUCUUAUUAUCUUCUCCAACCGUGGCAAGCUCUAUGAGUUCUGCAGCUCCUCCAACAUGCUUCAGACACUUGAAAGGUAUCAAAAGUGCAGCUAUGGCUCCCUAGAAGUGAAUAAUCCUGGCAGAGAUAUUGAGCAAAGUAGCUAUAGAGAAUAUCUGAAACUGAAAUCCAAAUAUGAGUCUCUGAAGCGAUACCAAAGACAACUUCUUGGGGAUGAUUUGGAGCCUCUGAACAUCAAUGACCUCGAGCAAAUCGAGUAUCAACUGGAGACAUCAUUGAAGCACAUUAGGUCUACAAGGACGCAAGUGAUGCUUGAUCAGCUUUCUGAUCUCCAAGCCAAGGAGAAGAUGAUGCUCGACGCCAAUAAAGCUUUAGAAAGAAAGCUGGAAGAAAUCUAUGCCACUAAUCAUCUGCAGCAGCAAUCCUGGGUGGGAGGUGGGGAGCAUAGCAACGCUUACGGCGGCGGCCACCACCACCACCACCAUCCCCAGGAAUCUCAGGGCUUCUUUCAGCCUCUGGAUUGCAAUUCCACUCUCCAGAUUGGGUACAAUGAUCCAGUGAGUUCGAGCCAGAUGACUGCAGCAGCAGAUGUCCAGAAUGUGAAUGGAUUGGUCCCUGGCUGGAUGCUUUGAUCUAUUCACUGCAUGUUGUCCGAAAGAAACCCCUUUCUAUCUAAUUAUUAUAUAUAGAGAGAGAGAAAGAAGCAUAUAUAUAUAUAUAUAUAUAUGUUAUAGUAUAGUAUAUGGUAUGCAAUUAAUUAAUUAAUUAAUUAAUUCCAAGCUAAGUGUGGGAUCCUAAUUUAUAUAUCGAUCUAUCUAUUUAUCUAUCCAUAUCUGCUUCCAGAUACAGUAUGAAUAAUGGAAUGGAGUGGAGCAGUGUUGCUUUCGUUUUGGAAUUCUUGCUUGUCAAUAUAUAUAUAUAUAUAUGGGAAUGGAAGUGUAUGUAUUAAUGUA